GCAAAGCAAGUUGGAGAAACUUCGCAAAGUUCCGCGUCAGAGCCUGGGGAGGCGAAGUGCUCCCCCUCCUCCCCGGCGUUCCCCCUCCCUCUGCCCCCGCCUCCCGGUCCUCUCACAGCCGGGAGCACUCGUGAUAGGACGAGCCCCGGGCGUGCAUUGUGUAUAUGCAAACCAGAACCGGGCUCCCCACGGCUGGCCGACCCGGGCCUGGGCUGUGGCUGUGACUGGCGCUGCCGUGGGCGCCGCAGCCCUCGCGGGAGCCGGACGCGGUAAUGCCCCAGCGGCGCAGCGGGCGGCUGCGUCCCUGAGCCGCUAUAUAAGCGCGGCAGGGGACACCCGGAGGGGCUGAAGAUGAAGGUGCCCGCGCACGGGCCCCCGCUGAUUGCCUGUCCCUCCCGAGCCCGCGCCCCGCGCGGAGCCCGAGGCCGCCGAGGACCCGCCUUCGCCGCAGUAGCAGCUGGAGCAGCGACAGAGGCGGCAGCUGCGGCGGCGGCGCCCGCGCCCCUCGCGCCAGCGCGUAGAGCGGCGGCCGCAGCUCGGGGGCCGCCACUGCCCCGGCUGCCAUGAGUUGUGCGGAGGUGAUGUAUCACCCCCAGCCGUAUGGAGCGUCCCAGUAUCUGCCCAACCCCAUGGCAGCGACAACCUGCCCCACAGCCUACUACCAGCCGGCGCCCCAACCUGGCCAGCAGAAGAAGUUAGCGGUAUUCAGCAAGAUGCAGGACUCUCUGGAAGUCACCCUUCCCAGCAAACAAGAGGAGGAGGAUGAGGAGGAGGAGGAGGAGGAGGAGGAGAAAGACCAGCCUGCCGAGAUGGAGUACCUUAACUCUCGCUGUGUCCUUUUCACUUAUUUCCAGGGAGACAUUGGGUCAGUAGUGGAUGAACACUUCUCAAGAGCUUUGGGCCAAGCCAUCACCCUCCAUCCAGAAUCUGCCAUUUCAAAAAGCAAGAUGGGGCUAACCCCCCUAUGGAGAGACAGCUCAGCUCUCUCAAGCCAACGGAGUAGUUUCCCAACUUCCUUUUGGACCAGCUCUUACCAGCCCCCACCUGCACCUUGUCUGGGGGCAGUUCAUCCUGACUUCCAGGUCACUGGACCCCCUGGCACCUUUUCUGCAGCUGAUCCCAGUCCUUGGCCAGGACACAGCCUGCAUCAGACUGGCCCAGCCCCUCCCCCUGCUGUGUCUGAGUCCUGGCCUUAUCCUUUGACAUCUCAGGUGAGCCCAUCCUACAGCCAUAUGCAUGACGUGUACAUGCGGCACCACCACCCUCAUGCCCACAUGCGCCACCGCCACCAUCAUCACCACCAUCACCACCCUCCUGCCGGUUCUGCCCUGGAUCCAUCCUAUGGGCCUCUGCUGAUGCCUUCAGUGCAUGCGGCCAGGAUUCCUGCUCCCCAGUGUGACAUCACAAAGACAGAACCGAGUACAGUCACCUCUGCUACCUCAGCAUGGGCUGGAGCCUUUCAUGGGACAGUAGACAUAGUGCCAAGUGUGGGAUUUGAUACAGGUCUACAGCAUCAAGACAAGAGUAAGGAAUCACCAUGGUACUGAAACGCACAAUCUUAGUGAGUUAAGUUGCAGCAUAAAUCCAAGGGCCCACUGGGAAAAGAUACCGUCGGAAUUUUCCAUUUAGCAAUAGGACACGAAAGGCAUGGAAGGAGAAGACAAAGUGUCACGCAGUUGACUGGGUGUCGACCUUUCUUGAGAAAGCAAAGUGGGUCCUAGACAUUGAAGAAAAGCAUUUUUAUUUGUUUUUUUCCUCAUCUGAGCCUUUGCCAACUGUGCAACUCUCUCCUUUUGUUAUCUUGCUUUUGCCAGUAUAUAGCUAAGUUUUUGUUUCAUUUUAAUUUUUUUUUUUUUCGCCAACCACCUUGUCAGGAAAGGAUGAACCACACAUUAAAAUGCUCAUUCUUUCAAGAAUACAAGUUUGUAGCUCUACGUGCAUCUAUUUUUGUAGAAAUACAAAAAAGUUGGUUUAGCAUUGAUGGGCUAUUUUUGAGGGAUGUAUUUUUUUUAAUAUUGUAAAAAUUGUUGAGUUCUGUUUAAAGAACUUGCUCUCAGAGAAGCACUGGCACAAAUGUUUAAAAUGCUUAUCUCUCAGAUGUCUAUUAUAUGCUCUGUCCGUGCUUUCUAACUUACCUCAAAUGUUUUAUGUUUUUUCCUUUUUACAAAAGUAGCUAUACCAUAGACAAACCAAUGCAGUAUUGUUUUUACGUUGAAUCGCAGUAAAGAUUUAAUUCCACACUAGCUCAAUUAGUUUUAAAUUAUAUGUAUAGCUUGAAAAGUUUUUUUAAAAUGACUACACUAAAGAAAUGAUAUUUCAUUGCUUUGAUUUCUCCCAAAGAAUAACUUGGAGGUUGACUAAUAAGAAAGUUGGCAUAAACUUUCAAUUAGAUGAAGAAUUUGCCUACAGGAGACUAAUUAUCUUUCUAGCCCAUCCAAAUUUGAUAAAUGGAACCAGAGUUUAUAUACAACUACAAGAAAAAAAAAACUGCAUUUAACCAUGCUACCUGUGAGCGCCAGUGACUUAUUUUACUUGUUUCUAAUUGUUCAUUCAUGGCAAUUUAAAAAGUCAUAUUUUAAGUGGGGUUUGUUUUUCCUGAAGAGCAUUUGAAGGAACAAUAUCUGGGAAGGCACUAGAGAAAUUACAGAGCCCUAGCUCUUUCUUAUAAUGCCACCUAUCACUGUAAACUAAAACAAACAAACACAAAAUUCUAUAUGUAAUAGUUUAAACACAGAACUUAACAAAUCUUUUUGUUUGUUUGUUUAAAUCUGGCUUUACUUGAUUUAAUUAUUUUUAGAAAGAAAUUUAGGGCAAAAUAAAGUGUAUAUUAGGAUUUAAAUUUAUGCCACAAUUUAAAAAUAAAACCAGAGGUCAUAUACAAUUUAAAUUGUGCUAAAAAUUAAAAAUUUGAGAAUUUAACUUGAUAUGAACCAGGAUCUAAAUAAACUUGAAAUUAUCGUUAAGACACUGCUAGGAGAAGAUUAAGAUUAUGAACGUAGCAGUUAUUGAUACUGUUAAGACUUCAAAGGCAAAGUUCAUUUCUUCCAUCAACUGCUUCCAGAGAUGUCAUGUAAAAAAGUUAGUGUAAUAUGGAAGUUUUUUAGUUUUAUGAAGAGGUGUUUUUCAAAUUUCUCCCAUUUUUCUCUCCACCACAUAAAAUAGUAUGAUCAGUGAAAUGCCACUUUCUGUCUUUGAUUAUUCAUAUGUUAUAUGUGAGCUUUUUAGACAUGAACAUGGCAUGUUCAAAUAGGCAGAGUUAUCAUAUAUAAUUUUCAAAUAUUUUCCUUGGCCGUAAUUCAUGUAUUCAUUUAUAUACUAUCCAUCUUUUGAGUUUCAGAUCUAUAUAUUCUCUUGUACUGUCAUCACUCCGCACUUUGCUGUUUCUUACCUCGACUCUCUUUUACACAAUAUGCACAUUUUUACCAAUGUGGGGUCCAAAUUUAAAAUACCUUCCACUCACUAAUAAUAUGAACCUAUAUUUCCUGGGAGUAGCCCGGUUAAAUUUUCUGUAUUUUGGUCCACAAUUUGAUUUGAUAUGAUUGUUUUGUUUAUAAUUUGCCCAAACGCAUGGAGCACAAAAUUGUGUGAAUUUAUAAAUCUGGUUUUGCCUUGUGUCCUUCUGAAUUUUCAAAGCCAAGUGUUCAACAAUUCCCAUGUGAUGACUCACAGGGUUAUUUGCCUCAUCCGCAUCCACCUUUGGAAUACAUUAACUUCCUUUGUAAUUUAUUUGAAAGUAAUGUUAUACUCAAACUCAUUCAGAUCAUUCAGUUGGAUUUUCCCAAUGAAGCGGAGAAGGAAAGUAGUUACUCCUUGCUCCAUUUCUUAUUUUCCACCAAAGUUAAUUGAAGGGCAUUACUUAGAUGUCUUCUCCCUGAAUUUAGACUUUGCUCUGUGUCUAUCCUGAUAACUGUCAGAUAAAAAAUGUAUCAGCUCUGAGGACCAGAGAAACGUUGGGAACCUGGUUUCUGCUGUACAGAGGAAAGAUUUGUAAGUGAGCUCUCUCUUUGAAAACAGGACCCAGGCUGGGCACGGCGGCUCAUGCCUGUAAUCCUAGCAUGAUGGGAGGCAGAGGCUCAGGAGGAUUGCUUGAGCCCAAGAGUUCAAGAUCGGCCUGGGCAACGUGGGGAGACCCUGUCCCUACAAAAAAUUUCUGAAAAACUACCUGGGCAUUGUGGUGCACAACUGUUCUCCCAGCUACUCUGGAGGCUGAGUCAGGAGGACCAUUUGAGCCUGGGAGUUUGAGUUUGCAGUUUGCAGUGAGCUGUGAUUGCACCACUAUACUCCAACUUGGGCAACAGAGCAAGAUCCUGUCUCAAAAAGAAAAAGGAAAAAGAAAACAGGCCCUAGGUGUUUGGGAUACACUGCCACCCAGAGAGUGGAUCAAAAAUAUAAAUAGAGAAUGAGCAUGUCUCUACAAUUGUCUUCUAGGACCAUAUUGCUGUUACCACCAGAAGUCCUAAAAGAGGAUGGGUUGUAAUUUAGCAUAAUAUUCUGAAUUCACUCCAAGUUUAAAAUUCUGUCAUUCUCUGGCUCUUCUUUUUUCACAUCAAAAUGAUGCUGUUGGACUUAGAGGCUGCUGAACUGCUUUAAUGAGGGCUACCAUCUGCCUCCACAAUUUUAUUAAAACCACUCCACCUUUAGACAAAGGUGACUUUUGUCUGAUUUUACAAAUCAGAUUUAUUCAAGCUUUCUAAAUAUCUGUGAACUAGAGCCUAGAAAAUCAUCUCAUUUAUUUUAAAUAGAAUAUGUGCUUUCACCAAUAAACCAUCGGGAGCUAAGAAACAACAUAACGUUGACAAAUCAGGAUCCUAACAGAUUAUUUUGUCUCUCAUUGUUAAUUUGAAAGAGACUCUGAACUUUUGAGAAAUCAAUGUGUCUUCUUAAGAAAGUUAAGCACCCUCUCUUAACUUUCCCCUCUAUUUGCUCUCUUUUCUCUUUCUUCUUAAGAGUAUUUGUAUUAUUUUGUUAAGCAAAAAUGACCAAAAUUGCUCUAAAAUUUGCAAAAUGAGAACGAAUGGAUUGCAAAUAAUUGAGGGAUUUAUUUCUUUAACUUUAUAAGACUUUAAAAAAAAAACAAAUUCUAGGCACUGACGUGAAAGUUGUCUUUGAGAAGUUUGUUAUUCAUUUUGCAAAAAGUAUUUGCCCAUUCCUAUUCUAAGAUUUGCAGAAUAUGUCACACUAUCUGGCUUUUGAGUUUGCUAUCUGGUUUAAUGUUGUAUUUAUAAUUUAAAGUGGCAAUCAGAAACUGUAUUUCAAAGACCUGUAUUCUAUCCCUUACUGAGUGUCCCUUCUUUAAAUAGUGUUUGCUGAAUUAAGCCGGUGGGGGCAGUGGCAUUAAGUGGUGGAAAAAGGAAAGUACAUAUGUUAGAGUUUUGACUGACGGAUAAAUAGAAAGCAGAAUGAAUUAAUGGAAAAGAGUUUGGCUGUUAGGCCAUUCUCUAAAUUCUAGUUUAGCCACAAUUUUAUGUGUGGUUUGGGGUUUUAUUUAUUUAUCUCAUGAGUAAAAUGGGAUAAUACCUAACAGGCAGGCUGUGGAAGUUGUAAAUCACAUACACGCACACACAGACACACACACACACACACACACAGGAUCAAUCAUCUGGCUCAUAUUAGAUGUUCAAUAAAUAACAGCUACUAGAGAUGCCUAUCAGUUGAGUAAGUAGUUCCUUAAAUUGAGCUCCCAAAGGUCUCUUCUCUUCACGUCCGUAUUCGUUUCUGUAGCAAUCAAAUAGAUACAUGAUUGUUUUUCUGUAAGAAAUUACUACAAAGAGAAUCUUUGUCUCCUACUAACUGUCCCUCCUACCUGGUAUAGGAGAUAAAUAUACAUUUCCUAAUUAGCUGACUUUUUAGUGUAUCAUUUCUGAAGGAAAAAGAAAUUAACCGUAUAGUGGCGUGUAGGUCCAACUCCGUUUUCUUACAUGUUCCAAAAUUUUAUUUAAAGUACUGUGUCCAAAAUUAUGAGGACAGUGUCAUUCAUUCACCAUGGUUUAUAUUUUUAGUUCUAUAUCGAACUUCCUUGGCACCUAGGAUAAGAACAUUUCUUUUGAAGUUCUCCGAUUUUUUUUAUUUUUACUUGACUUGAAGGAAAGUUGCAAAAUAUGGUGGAAAAAAUCUUCCGCAUGAAAAGGGGGAAAAAACACAACCAUUUACGAUCUCAGUCAGCAGAUUUACUCUACUCAAGGAAAAAAAAGAAACCACCUUAUUGGAAGCAGAUGUUGACACUUAGUUAUUGAAGAUGGAAGGAGUUCACUUGAGCCAUUGCAGUUACAAAGGGGUAUUGAUGGCGUUCGAAUUCCUGAUUGAUCACCUUUGCAGCCAAGGGAAAGACAGCAGAAACUGUAUGGGAUCAGAAAUGAAAUCAGCCUGCCAGUUCAAUGGAGAGGCUCCUAGAAACUCAUUUUUUUUUCUUUCCUGUAAGAUAAAAGACAUCUUUCAGAAUAAGAAAGGCUUGUUUGAGAGAGAAAUUACAGUUUAUUCUCUGAAAAUAUUUAAAGGCCAAAGUGCCCUUUAAAUCUAUUGUUAAAACAUUAAAAGUAUUAUUAAAAUCAUUUUAGAAAAAUUGGGCAAAAGUUUUAGCCUUUCAACAUCCAUUCAAAAAUGGAUGUUGAAAACAAACAUAGAACUUAUAAAAAAGUGAAUGGUUCUGGCAAGUGGGGGCAUGAGUGGAGCCUAUAAGGAAACCUCAGUCUCGAUAACUUCAAAAUGUUACUUUCCUUGGUAACUUGAUCAUGGAGAUUGGUCACAGCACAGACAUUUAGAAUUUUUUAGCAGGAUUUUUUUUUUUCUUUUUAAUCUUAUAGUGCUCUCUGGGAAUUGCACCAUGUACACUUUUCCAACCUAUAGAAAUCAUCAUUAUUGUUAAAUUAUCUCAAUUUUUGUAUUUCUUUUAUUGUCUAUUGUGCUUUUUUGUUUAAAAAUACUUUUAUAGUUUUAAAGUAUUGAUCAAAGUAGUAUUCUCUUGAAGUCGUAGUCAAUUUAAUUUGAUCCAGUAAGUUUUUCUGAAUCUCCUUUUUACGUUCCAAUAAAUUCUAUUAUAAUUAAGUGUACUUUUACCAAUUCCAUUGUAUAAGCAAACAGACACCUUUUAGAAAAGGAUAAGUAAUCAUCAAUUUGUUUUUUUUUAAAAAAACAAUUUCUAGACUACUAAAUUUGGCAUAAGAAUAAUGCUUUUAAAAUGCAAAUACUUUAGUUUUUUGGUAUAUACAUAAGAUGUGAACUUUCCUAUUGAUAUCUCUUUAUAUUAAUAGAGAUGUACAUUUCUUUCUAUGCUGUGGCUAGAGCAAAAGUUAAUAAUGAUUAUUUACACAAUUGAUUUAAUUUCUUAGGAUAUGUACAAUAUUGGAUAUUAUAUCUGAUUUAAAAAUACUAUUCCGUACAUUUUUUUUCAGGAGAUAAAACAUAGGGAAAAGUUUUCAUGUGAAUUCUUUGUAUCAUUUUAAAGUACAUAUAUGUAAAGGGAAGAUAUGGAUACAAUUUGUUUUUAUUAUAUAAAUCUAGGUAAGGUGAAAUGCUUUUGUGAACAAAAAUACAGUGUAGUGAAUUUUAUAUCUGUCACUUGAUUAAACUGAAAACUAAUAGAAAUAUUAUUUUAGUGCAUUGAAAUGCCAUGAAAUUUCAGACUUAUUAGUUCUACAAGCAGUUAUGCUACCUUAAUUUUGUGUUUCCAGAAAUAAAAAUUAACCUUAGUUAUGCUGUCAUUCUUAAUUAAUAAAAAAUGUAUAACUCAUAAAAUUUUUGGCUUUAUAAGAUAAUUAUGAAAUUAUAUAUUUUUUCUGUUUUUGUGGGGCUGGGAAAACAUUUUGUUAUUUCUGUUCACUCUUCAAAUGCAGGUCUCAUAAUAUGUGUCAAUGAUACCAGAUGAUGGAAGACUUUGUAAUAAAAACAGAUGUCAUUAUCUUCAACUUGUUCAAUAAAUAAUUUAAUGUGAAUUGAA